AUGGUUCGCGCUUCCCAAGGUUUGGCUGCCCUCUUCGCAGCAGCUGUUGCAGCGUCACCCUACGGCUCCCUUGCUUCUGAUGGCCUCCAAGAGGAAACUUUGAACGACGCUGAGCUCUAUGGGGGAGGCACUCUUGAACAGCGUGCUAACUUGAACCCCGGUUCUUUAGAGGUGCAGGUCGCCGAAAUUCAGGGCAUGCCGGAGUCGGACCUGAAGCUGGAACUGCGUUCGUUGUAUUCCCCGUCGAAGGAUGCUCAGAAGAAGCAGAUUUAUCCGCCGGGGUGUCUGGAAGCCAUGCAAGACCUGUUGAAUACUUUUAGUAGCAUCGACGAGGAGCAGCGGGACACACAGCAGUACAUGAAUCGCUUUGCGUAUCUGCUGGGGCAACUCCUGGAGAGAUACAACGACUUCUUUAGCGUCAAGGUGAAGCUAGGGGAUCCGAAGCUAGGCAGAGAGGCCUAUAAGGAGGAGGCUGCAAAGCUGCCGCAGCUAGCCGCUCAGUGGACUCUCGCGAACGAGCUGUUGGUUGGAUACUUGAAAUUGGGUGCGAAGGACAUGCGAGACAAGUGGGAUCAGGCAGCAACCACUGAAAAGCGGCUAAGAGACGUUUCAUCCUUCUUUGACGCCCUGAUCGAGGUCUACGAGGCUCAGCAGCAGUUGUUUCGUGCAGGAUAUCUCCUAGCGCAGCUCCGGUACAUGCAGUUCCCAGACAGGCAGGCGGACUUGACGCUGCUUAUGGAGGACCCUCGGCAGAGGCAAGCAGUGAAAGACUUCGAGGAUGCUUUAGAAAACAUUCGAGAGAAGACUCACCAGGCAAGGAGAGCCGCGUUCCCCAGCGUGCAGAACGGCUUCUUAGCCUCCGAGUAUCUGGCACUCCUUCCCUUCCCCCCUGAUAAGCAGAGAGAGAUGGACGAUUUGCCCAGGGAUGAAAUGUAA